CAGCUUCAAGUCGAGCAUGGCAACAGCUAAGAUUGUGGGUGCUUUAGUGGGAACCGCUGUAAUUGCUUACACAGUGGAUCAUUUUAUUGCUGACAAGAAGAUUUUCGGAGGUACCACUCCCAGUACUGUUUCAAACAAAGAAUGGUGGGCAGAAACUGAUAAGAGGUUCCAGGCAUGGCCACGUACAGCAGGACCUCCAGUGGUGAUGAACCCUAUCAGUCGCCAGAAUUUUAUUGUGAAGACCCCUACUGACUCUUAAGGUUGGUGGUGUCUGGUUAACCCAAUUUGCCCAUGAGUUUUGAUUUGUUUCUUGAUGGACUAGUACUUGUAUUGUUCAUGUACUAGAUUCGACCUUAUUCACAUAGUUUCGCUGGCUGGCCGUGAUCAAAGUUGAGGCCUAUCAGUACAGUUUUCUUUCAAAAUUUGGUUGGUAUUGGUGAACCUUUUCGAUUAUGAAUAAUUCUCAUGGAAGCGACAGGCAAUAUGCACUGUUUCUUUUGGUACAUAAAGUAAUAAUAUAUAUGCAUAUGCAGAUCUGUUUAUU